AUGCGGUUUAACGUCGCUCGGUUGCUGCCGUUUUCUCACAGCAGAAGAAGAAGCCGACGGAGAGACAAGAGGAAGAAGAUGACAGGGCGCGCAAAAAGAAAACCCAAAUCCACUGAGGAGACGGGUAAAGGCAAUGGGGAGUUGAAGAAAGCCCGCAAUGAUGAAUCCAAAGCCGUGCCGCUGUCAGAGGUGAAUUCAGAGCAACGAGAUGAGGUGGUGCAGCUGUACAAACUUCAAAUGCCUGAAGAUCUGUACCACUUCUGGGACUUCUGCAAGGAGCUUUGUCCUGACAGCCCCCGUGGUGCGCUGAAAGACACACUUGGUUUGCAGCUGGUUGGUCCCUUUGACAUUUUGGCCGGAGCCCAUAAAAACUCCAAGAACCCUGAGCCUAACUUCCACCUUCACUGGAGGUAUUUAUACGACCCACCAGAGUUUCAGACCAUCCUUCUGGGGAGUGAAGACACUCAGCAUCACAUUGGCUACUACAGAGACACUCCUGAUUCCCUCCCUGCGUUUGUUGGGGAAAAUGAAGCGAAGAAAGGCUGCACCAUCACACAGAUGGGGGACAACGUGUUUGCUGCUGUCCUCCUGUAUUUGCUGAGGAGGAGGAAAGAGAGGGGCAGCAAGAAAGAAGCAGGAGACGCUUUGGAGAGCUUGGAGACGCAGCUGAGAGACAGGGCAGAGACUCUGGGCUUGUCUCUCGAGCAGAAAACCAAAGGCAUGAAGCAGAGGGACAAGAAGGUGGUCACCAAGACGUUCCACGGUGCCGGCAUCGUUGUACCUGUAGAUAAGAAUGAUGUAGGAUACAGAGAACUACCAGAAACAGAUGCUGGUCUCAAGAAGAUCCUCAAGGCUAUCGUUGAAGCCCGGAAUGAUGAAGAGCGCGUCAAAGCCUUUGGACCUCUCCAAGAGAUGAUCACGUUUGUUCAGUUUGCCAACGAUGAGUGCGAUUACGGCAUGGGUUACGAGCUAGGAAUGGACCUCUUCUGUUACGGAUCCCAUUAUUUCCACAAGGUUAUCAGGCAGCUGCUGCCCAUGGCCUACAGCCUCCUGAAGAGGAACUUGUUUGGGGAAAUUCUGGAGGCCCACCUCUCCAGCCGCAACCACGACGACCUGGACCAGCUCUCUGCACAUUAAAACAGACUCAAAAGAUUCUACAUUUCAGCUCUAGCUCUUAUAAGCUUUCCCCACCAUGUGUCCUUGUUUUCUGUUGUUUGUCACAGUUCAUGUUUUCUUGGUGGUUUUGGUGCUGCUGUCAUUGAUUGGAACCAUGAUAAACUUGUUUGUAAAAGGUAGAUGUCUAAUAAAAUAUUUUUAUAUAUUUA